AUGUCAACGCUUGUUCAAGCACCAACCAUGCCGGAGAACGUGCGUGAGAACAUAAACAGCACUGUUGGUACCUUAUCCGCCGACGAAGCCGACGAGGGUAACUGUAUGGACUGGAAUGGUAGAGAAGAGGAGAGAUACAGCCUGUCAUCCGAUGAGGAGGAGGAAGAAGAUGAAGAAGAAGAGACGUAUUCUUCGGACGAGGAACCUUCAUCCGAUGAUAUUGACGACGACGAUGAUGCUGUCUCAGAGGUCCUGUCGACAAUGUCGUUGUCGGAGUCUAUAACGGACUAUGUUUAUGAGAAUGGGCGACGCUAUCAUUCGUAUCCGCUCGCGUGCUAUGCAUUUCCAAACGAUGAGCAAGAACAGGAUCGACUGGACUUGAUGCAUCAUUUAUGGAACCUUGCUCUCGGUGGUGAGCUUUUCCUCUCACCAAUUGAUAAAUCAAACGCAGAAAGGAUUCUUGAUGUAGGGACUGGAACUGGCAUCUGGGCUAUCGAUACAGCAGAUCUGCUUCCAAAAACAACAGUAAUCGGAAACGACCUCUCACCAAUCCAACCAGUCUACGUCCCACCAAAUCUUCAUUUUGUGAUCGACGACUGUGAGGAAGAGUGGCCUUUUCCUGAUAAUCAUUUUGAUUUAAUCCAUAUCCGCAACCUGUCUGGCGCAGUGCGGGACUGGAAGAAGCUAUAUGCACAGGCUUUCCGGACACUUAAACCCGGCGGUUGGAUCGAACUAAAAGAUCACUCACGGCCCUUCGAUUGCGACGACGGCUCACUCUCGAGUGACAACAUACUACAAAAAUGGGUCAACGACUUCGAUAAGGCCUCCGAUAUGGCCGGCGUGACGUGGAUCAUGGCGGAGCAAUUCAAAGAAGAUUUGCCAGAUGCCGGAUUCAAAGAGGUCACAGAAAGGAGCUUCAAGGUCCCGCUUGGAACAUGGGCGGAAGCUGAAGGCGAUAAUAUGAAGGAAAUGGGUAUCUUUCUACGAGAAGUGCUGCUCGUUGGCGCACAGGGAUUGACGCUCGCCAUGUUUACGAGGAUGCUGGGGUGGGAUAAGCAGGAGGUUGAUGUGCUGGUAGCAAAUAUUCGCCAGGCCAUCCAGGACCCAAGUAUCAAUGUCUAUAUUAAAUUGUAA